AUGACCGAGCACGAAUCCGACUCUGACCUGUCCUGGGACGAGCUCGACAGUGACGAUAGCGCGUCCAUCGUCUCAUAUAACUCAGAAAGCGCUGUAGAAGUGGAGAAUCAAGAGCCCGCUGACGCUGUAAUUGGGAACGGCAACGAGAAGCAGGAAACAGCAGAGGCGAGCGCAGAGGGUUGUCUACCCGUUGUACGUAAUCAAACAGGUGGACCACACAGUCUAGGCCACACGGGUGACCUCCAGGAACCUGGAAUUGCAACAACCAGCAGCAAUGAAACGACGCCCCCCGUCAGUGCUAACCCAACCUCCUCCCCUGGCAUAUCCGAUGCCGACUGGCUCGCUCUUAACGCUUUGGUGCAGCAAGUCCUUCACGCGGAGAAGAUGGCAUUCAUACCCAAUCUCCUCGGCCAGCUAUACAUAUCCCAGGCGUUCCAGAAUGUACAGGCAGCGACCCACCGCGCUGAGCGGCGUAUGCAGCUGGUUGUAGAAAUUCGUAAGCUUCAGCAGAAGGUGUCCAAUCUGCGCCCAAGUUCAUGUGCUGUGCCCAUACUCCUUGCACCUCGACGGUCGAGAGAAUUUCCUGUUUACGAGUGGCCCGCAACAUCAGGACGUUGCGAGGACGACCAGAUUCCUACUAUAUGCGCCCCAAGUGCGCCCAUAACGCAUGAAUCCUCUCGCGAAAGAUCUAAAUCACGGGUAGCGGCAGAUAUAUCAAGAUCAAUUCUUGUCGCCGAUUCGCCUUUAGACAGUCCAUUGAUUCCCAAUUUACCUUGGAGUAUGCGCAGCAGUACCAUGAACAACGGCGCGCCUUCGUCGGACGUGCAUUACAACGUGGAUGCCCCUUCCCAAUCAGGUUCUGCGAUCGGAGAUAGCUGUGUCCUGAAUGAUCAAGCUCUUCCUGGUGGGUUCCCUGACGCUGCAAACGAUGGGGACAGCGACAAGUCGUAUUUGCAAGACGAAAAUAAUGAACCGGCAUCUGUUCUCCAUCACAGGCCCCGCAGCGAGGUCAGUGGUGAUUCUGGUAGCGAUAACUUCACAUCGCUGGCAGACCGUCUUUCAAUCGUGCAAGACAGGCUUUGUUCCCUCGAAGAGCGGAUCCCUCUUCCGCGCUCUGGACUCAGUAAUGAGGUUGAGGUGUUAGAUGGUUCUGGUAGCAAUGUCUUGGCUGCACAGCACGAGAUCUUCCGCGCAGAGCUCUCUAUGAUGCGGGACGGGGUGCAGGCUCUUGGCAAGCAAUUUUCCGAUCAAACUGAAUCCAUCGCGAAAGGAAAGGGCAAAGAAUCUCCAAGAAAUAGUCACAGCGAGAUCAAGCUGACGACUCCUGCUCGCAAACCAAAGAUUCCAGUUCGCCCGUCUAUAGUCUUGCAGCGAGCCGAUCUUGAACAGAAAAUGGAUCUGCUACUCAAGGAAAUCGGUCCGGGAUGCUCCUCAACGCAAACUACUACUAUGGAUGAUAGACACGCCUUUUCGCCGGCGGAAACCCUACUUGACAACAUGGUGAUUGACCUCGCGAGCUCUAGUCCCUCACAUUUCCCUCGCCCUCUGCCUCCAAAUCCUCUGUGUAGAGGUGCAGAGGCCCAGGAUCGGGCCAGGCCAGCGUCACGUUUCGCCCCGUCCCCAGCCCCGCCCCCAAGGACAGCUACGGAGGAGUGGGUCACAGCGCAGCUCAAGGAGACACUCGGUAUACAGCGCAGGCAGCUCGAGGAGGAGCGCAGGAAGCUGGCGGGCGAGCGGAUCCAGUUGCACACGGAUCGUUUCCGAUUGCUUGAGGAGCGCAGGCAGCUGAACGACGACCGCUUCCGACUGAACAUCGAGCGCAUGAAUCUCAAGCGCAAAACAGUGCAUGUAAGCUCUAAAGGUCCAGCGUGUCCACCACCACGAUCCCCAUCGCCACCCUCCAGGGUGCCUAGUUCUUGGCUGGUGCGCAACCCCGUCUCGAUACCCCCCUUGCAUGUUUGUUCGCAACCUCGUGCGAGGCCGGCGCCCGUGGGUGCGCGUCCGGUACAACACACAGUUUCCCAUGCGGACAGCUCCGGAGCGUGGAGGACGGUACCAUUCAGCAGUGCUUCCAAAGUUGAGGCCUCGGCUUAUAGGUCGCCUGAAGAUAUGGCUGGUACUGGGCGUGCUGGAAGUGCAGGGGAUUCGAUACAGAAUAGCUCGUUAGAGGGGAGGCUUGCGCAGCCUGUGGAACAAGGCAAAGAUCAGAUUGCUAGUGGGAGUGGGGGAGGCCAUCUGGACUCAGAGUCUUCUCCCCACGCGGAAGAUGUCGUAUUCGCGAUCUGA